GGACGAUGGACAUUGCUGCAAGCGCAGCUCUCCAGACGUCCCGCGCCCGGGUGGUGAGGAGUCCUGCGUGGCCGCAUUAAACCGCGUUCCUAGCGCGCUCGUCUCUUCAUCGCCCAUCUUCAGGCUGCUCCGAGGAGCCCUUUCCAAGCGAAGGAGAGGCUAAGACUCCAGCGCGUUGCCAUCUGCUUGUCUGGGACCCGUUUCGCGCGUCUCCAACUUGUGGAUUAUGACCCUGGACGCCGAUUUAAUGGAUGACCUCGUUGUCGACGUGGUUGGAGAGGGUGGCAAGGAGUCUGGAGACGAGCAUCUUUCGACCUCAGCCCUUUCCGCAUCCGACCAGGUAGAUGAGAAGGAGGGGAAGGACCGCGUCCCGUCUUCCGCGUGCCCCUCGAGCUCGAGCAAGAGCGCCUCGGUGAAGCCGCCCUACUCGUACAUCGCUUUGAUCACCAUGGCCAUCCUCCAGAGCCCAAAGAAGCGCCUCACCCUCAGCGAGAUAUGCGACUUCAUCAGCCACCGGUUCGCGUACUACCGAGAGAAGUUCCCGGCCUGGCAGAACUCCAUCCGGCACAAUCUCUCCCUCAACGACUGCUUCGUCAAAAUGCCGCGAGAGCCCGGUAAUCCCGGGAAAGGGAACUACUGGACCCUGGACCCCAAUUCCUCGGAUAUGUUUGAGAACGGAAGUUUCCUGCGGAGGAGGAAGAGAUUUAAGCGGCAGCACUUCAAGUUCGGCGUGUUCAAAGAUCAGGCGCUGCAGCCCAGCGGCUUCCCCAACCUCGGCUACGGCGCGUACGGACUCGGCGCGUCCUGCGCUCAUUUACCGGGGCUGGAUAUCUACCCGUUUGGCUUCCAUCAACCCAUCGGCGUGCCACCUGUCGGGAGCAUUUUACCGGCGCUCUCCACGCUUUUCUCGAGGAACCCUGUCACGGCCAAGUCUUUCCCACAGUCUCAAACGCUGGCCAUGGAGCCGGCCACCCCUGGCCUCGCCUGCGCAAUGGCCCCGGCAUCUCCGUACGCGUCCUCGGCACUGUUCAAUCCGGUGGGCUUCCCUCGGGUGCUUAAUUUUCAGUACGAGUACCAGAAGCUGCAAGACGCGCACAGCCACGUGGAUUUGUCCACUAAACACAGACACCUGGCCAGCGUCAACGACUAACAGCGCGCACAUACGCACACGAAAACACUCUUGUUGUUGUUUUUUUCUUCUUCUCAGGAAUCAUUUCAUUUAUCCCGAGGUGUAAAAGUGUGUAGAGCAUCGCGUCGAAUAUUUUAAGGAACGUUUUCGAAAUUAUUCAUUUUUUGUCGGGAAUCCAUCCAGCGGGGUGUCGAAGUGUUACAUGCUGAAAUGGUUUAUAGAUGCAUGUUAUUUUAUCGGAGUGAUUAAACAUCGAACGAAUCCGCUAUUUAAAUGACGAAUUUCCAUUUCGCGUUUUGACGGAAAUAAAACUUUUUCUUUUUUCCUUUUUCUUUUUUUUUUUUUUUACGGACAAGAAAUUUCUGGUCUGUUCGUGAUUUGGCAUGAACAAGAACUACACAUUGCGUUUUAUUUGCAACAUUUCUCUUUGAAUGUGCUGUAAAUACAGUGCCAUUAUUUUCCAAACGUGUCUCGCUCAUUUCUCAGCAAGGAUAAAAAUUAGCCUAAAUAAACAACCGCCCCCAAAAAGGUAGGAUCAGGUAAGAUAUCGAUUGCUAUAAGAUUUUGCAGCUCAUUUAUUGUCAGUCAUCAUCGUCGCGUUUUCAAUAAUGGGAAUAGUUCCCGUUACUAUGAAUGAAAAAUUAGGAAUGAUAACUAUGACACGCAUGGGCGUAAAUAACACAACUUGUGUGUGUGUGUGUGUGU